UUUGUUUUGCUUCCUGAUCCUUAUCUAAACACAGACGGAACAGCAGCCGGAGCUGCGGCCCAAUGCCAAAUAGCUGUGUAUACACACGGAGAAAUUGCACUUGAUUUUGACCGUGCGACUGGAGACACUCGAGGUCAAAAUUCACAUAUCGGUCCUCCUCGUUUCAAGCGAAUGGUUUUAAUUCUCUUCGAGUGAGUUGAAGAACUACUCGGAGGGGAUGGCGGAAGGAGGUUUUGACCCCUGUGAGUGCAUUUGCUCUCAUGAACAUGCUAUGAGGAGGCUCAUCAACCUGCUGAGGCAAUCCCAGUCCUAUUGCACAGACACAGAGUGCCUUCAGGAGAUGCCAGGACCCAAUUCCUCAGUAGAAGGGGACAUCACUGUGCCCAUGAUUAUUAUGGGAUGGCUAGUUCUGGCUCUUGUGCUUUUUCUGUUCCGCCCUGCCAGUUUAAGGGGCCCUUCAGCCAGCAGCAAGCCCACUAGUCCACAUGGUAAUCAUGGCAGAGAGCCACCAGCCCCACCAGUGGACUAGCGGUUUACCUCUUGCAGAUGAUCUGAUCUCAUGACCGUAUGGCCACAACAACUGUUAGUUUCCCUAAUCAUCUUUACAUGUUUCAGUUUUUGAUUAUUUUAUCUAAUAACAGGGCAUGUUUCUACAAUGUUGAAAAUAAAGCAGCAAAACAGAAAUUACUUGAAAAUCAGUAGCAAGUGGAAAAAUGAUAAAAUAUGAUAAUGUGCUAAAUAUCUCAGUUGUUCUCAUCAUCUUACUCUUUCAUACUAUAUUUUUGAGAGAAUUAUUGGGCAUUAACAAGUUGUUUUAAGUGAUACAAUGCAUAUAAGCCUUUCUAAUAAUACUAAUCCUUAUAAAGUUAUAUAUAAGAAAAUGUAUAUUAAGUCUGAAUAUAAGUAUGAUCUAGAGUAGCCUAGAUAACAUCAAGAUUUUUAAAUGCGUCAUUAUUAUAGGUGGAGAGGAUGUUUCUCGUCUCAUGGUAGCUCAUACAUUCCAAAACUAUGACAUCACAGACACGUGACGUCAUGGAUUUGUUUAGAAGUACGAAGUUUGACUCUGCAUGACAUCAUAAUAAAACAGACGUAUUUUAAAUGAUUCAUACAUUUGAGGUUGACUAUUACCAAGAGGAAUCUAUGAAAAUGACAUGCAAGAGUAAAUCAUAAAAGGGGUGUAUUUCAGGAUUUACUUUGUUCUGUUCACUGUUGUCAUGGUUAUAUGAAUGUUGUCAUGGUUAUAUGAAUGUUGUGACGGUCUGGGUGUUACUGUCAGAUAGCUAAUCCAAGGGCAUUAUUUACAGACAUUUUAACAUGCCUCAGACUAUGUUAAUGUAUUAUAUCUCUCUAUAUAUAUUAAUUUUGACAGAAUAGUGUCAUUAGAAAAGUGCCAUUCUCAACAGAGUUUUGUUGUAUUUGCCCAUUAAUCGGCCUGUUUAUGUAGUUACAGCUAAUUAAGCAAUUAAUGGGGGAUUUUGUCAAAUGUCAGUGAUUAAGAAAAUAUUACAUUUUCGCCAGACUUUCAACAUUUAUUUUUGAAGAAUGAGAUUUUGUCUUUUAGGUCAUGCUCAGAUGUAAACUUAUCAACUGCACUUUAGUUGUGGUAACCUUAAAAUUGUGUUUAUAGAGAAAGUGAAGGUCCACAAAAACACCAAAGAUGAUAAUGUAAAUAAUAAAUCAGAUUAAAAUGUGGAUAAUUUAAUAAUACACUGUCCCUCAGGCCUGUACUUGUCAUUCUGUCAGACUGUGUACAUUAUAAGGGCUUGAACUAUGCACUUCAUGUUUCUUCAAAUAAAUAUGAAAAUAA